AUGGCGCAAGCAGCAGCAUCGAAUUUACGACGACGUAUUCUUGGUUCCAGACAAGAUUCUCCAUCGACAUUACCAAUGCAAUCAGCAACGAAUGAUAUUCCAUCGGUACUUAGUAUAAAUGUUAAUCCUCUAUUAUUGAAUUCUCAACAUCGUCCUUUAAUACGUGUUGAUCGACGUUCAAUAGAAAAAGUUUGGAAACAAAUGGAUCGUAUCGUAAAAUAUUGUCAAAUGCCAAAAAUGAAUUUAAAAAAUUCUCCACCUUAUAUGCUCGAUAUUCUGCCUGAUUUAUAUCAAACACUACGUGAAAUAAUGAAUAACUAUGACGAUCGUUUACAUAUAUUAAAUGACAUUGAAUAUUUUCGUAUAUUUAUUGAUAAUCUUAUUGAUCAAUGUACGAAAACAAUUGAUUGUUUUAAACGUGCUGGUCAUCAUAUGUACGAUGAACAAUCAACGUAUAGAAAACAUUUAACUAAACUUUCGUUGUAUUUUUCGCAUAACUUAGCCGAAUUAAAAUCUUUGUUUAAUAGAGGUAUAUACGAGGGUGAAAAAUUUCGUUUAACUAAACAAGAAGCAAAUGAUUUUUGGAAAUGUAAUUUUAAUGAACGUACAAUCGUUCCAUGGGAAGAAUUCAAAGAAAGAUUAAAUCAAAUUCAUCCUAUUCAAACUAUUAAUGAAGCAACAGCAUUACAAAAUACUAUUGAUUUAACUGAUAAUAAUCAUGUGUCGAUAUUUGAAUUUGACGUUUUUACAAGAUUAUUUCAUCCAUGGUCUUCGCUAUUGACCAAUUGGAAAUUAUUAGCAGUCGCACAUCCAGGUUUUAUGGCAUUUAUGACCUACGAUGAAGUGAAAGCAAUUCUUACAAAUUACAUUGAAAAACCGGGUAGUUAUGUCUUUCGAUUGAGUUGCACUCGUCUUGGUCAAUGGGCUAUUGGAUAUGUAACAAGUCAAAAUACUAUUCUUCAAACUAUACCACAAACAAAACCAUUAAUUCAAUCAUUAAUUGAUGGUGAACGAGAAGGAUAUUAUAAAUAUCCCAAUGGAAAAAAUAUUCAUAUUGAUCUUUCAUCAGCAUUACGACCAACAGAAUCUGAUCGUAUAUAUGUAUCGGAAGAACAAUAUGCCAUCUAUUGUGAUAUGGGUACUUGUUUUGAAUUAUGUAAAAUAUGUUCAGUGAAUAAUAAAGAUUGUAAAAUUCAACCAUGUGGCCAUUUAAUUUGUCAAAAUUGUUUAAUUGCUUGGCAGAAUCAAAAUAGUGCUAAACCACCACCAUUAUGUCCAUUUUGUCGGGGUGAAAUUAAAGGUUUUGAAUCAAUUGUUAUAAGUCCAUUUGAUAGUGCCAUGGUUGUAAAUAGAAAAGAAUCAAGUCCAAAUGGUUCCAAUGAAUUUGAUGAUCAAACAUUAGAUGCUAAUCCAAAUGUUCAAACUUUACAAUCACUGGCUAUUGCUCGUCCAUUAAACCAUGAAAAUACCCAUCAGAAUAAUAAUUCUCCCAGCUCAUCAGAUGUUAUGUCUUCCACACCUCCGCCGAUUCCACCUCGACCUGUAACUAUUAAAACGAGUGGAACUCGUAUAUCGGCUGAUGCAAUAUCGAGAAGUCAGUUGCAACAACCUUCUCAUCAAACUGUACCACCGCCUCCUUUACCACCACCGUUGCAUAAUAAUAACGAUGUCUUACCAUUGCCACAGAGAAUUCUCACGAAAAAUCAGCAAACACUUUCAUCAGCAUCGUCAAACGAAAGUCUUAAUGAUUCACUUGCUCUACGUUCAACUGCAUCAUCAGAAUUGGCAACCACACGUUCCCUUAUUUUACACAAUAGUGCUACUAAUCACGCACGGCCCGUACUUCGAACAGCGAGUCCUAUUUUGGAUCCAGCAACAAAUACGAAUGAACAAUUUCGUACGAUUGAAGAUAUUCGUGUGCGUUUAAUUGAUGAACAUACUACUGAACAACCGCGUAUAGAAGCAGUUCUAACCUUAACUCAAGGUUUACCAUUAAUGAAACAAUAUGAACUGGCGAAAUCAUUUCUACGUCAAGUUCAACAAGAGCAACAAUCAUUGAAUCAAAAUAAUACAUUUGUUAAUGGAUCAUUUGUAAACGAACUUGAAUAA